AUGGACGCCAAAGAAAUAAAUCCAAUUGUUCCUAGAUGGAUUCCCGCUGCCGGCCACGAUCAUCCCGCCGAUUACAACUCGGCCGGCGACAGCAGCUUUGCCUCGUCGGACAUCGAGCUGGCGCUUGGUGGGACCCACCCGGGCUUCCCGUUCUCCGUGGGCCCGCCCGAUAGGGCCGAAUCGGGCUCAAGGAGGCCUGAUAAACGUGAAGUCGAAAAGAAUGUGGAUGUUGUGGGCCCGCUAAGAAAUGGCGGGGUUUACUUGACGUGGAAGGAUUUGUGGGUGACGGUGCCGGAAAAGGGGGCGGAGGGGCGGCGGCCGAUCCUGGCGGCGGCGACGGGGUAUGCGGCGGCGGGGGAAGCGCUGGCAAUUAUGGGGCCUUCCGGAAGUGGGAAGUCUACUCUUCUUGAUGCCUUGGCAGUUUGGGUCUUGAUCUCAAUGGUCUCGCUUUCAUGCCAACGGUGA